GCCGUUAAUGGCCGUUGGUCCAGGUGACGGCGGGCGGCGGCCAGUGCGCAGGCGCAGCCGACUCCGCCGCUGCCGCCGGCGACGCCUGAGGAGGAAGAUGGAGGAGGAAGGAAAGUUGAGGUAAAGCGGCGGGGAGAGCGCGCUUAUUUCCGGCGGCGGGCGGGCGGCGGGGUCGGCAGGAGGGGUUGAGCGAGGGGGGUCUUGGUGGGUUUGAGGCGACCCCAAGGUCCGACGGCCCCCCUCUCGUUUUAAACGGCUGCCGGGCGGGUGGUGCUCCUCUCCAGAAGUGGCUGCAACUACGAAAUACAGGGGAGGGAAGAUAUUAUUAUUAUUAUUAUUAUUAAUUACUACUACUACUAUUUAUUUAUUUAUUAUCAGUGCUGGAUUUACGUGUAAGCGAAACAAGCUCUAGCUUAGGGCCCCACUCUCUUGGGUGGCCCCCCAAAAAUUUAAAAGGGGGGGGAACUGGAUGUACAUUUCCAAAAUAUAAGAUUAAAAAACCCCAAAUAAAAUAAAACCUACAUACAGCAACAGUGUUUGGUGUUAGAUUCAGGUAGGUAGGUGGUCUGACGCAGGUGGAUUCAGGUAGGUAGGUGUUGGUCUGAUAUAGACUGCGUCAGACCAACACCAACACCAACAAUAUAUAUAUAUAAUAUAUAUAUAUAUAUAUACACACACACACACACACACACACACUGUAUUUAUAUAUAAAUAAAGAGAGCUGAGUGGGGGGUGCUUGUGUAAUCUCACUGGAUACAAGUUGUACAAGUGACAAAGUAUUUAUAUAAAUGUCCAGUAGCACCUUAGAGACCAACUAAGUUUGUUCUUAGUAUAAGCUUUCGUGUGCAUGCACACUUCUUCAGAUACUCUGAAACAGAAGUCGCCAGACCCUUGUAUAAGUGUUUGGUGUUGUGUAGGCUCCUAUAAUAAAUAAUAAAAAUAAUAAAUUUUUAUUUAUACCCCGCCCUCCCCAGCCAAGACUGGGCUCAGGGACGGCUAACAACCAAUAAUAAAAACAAGUUGAUUAAAAUACAAUUUAAAAGAUUAAGAUACUGUACAACAUUAAAACAUUAGGAUGCAGCCUCUUCACAGGAGGAGAAAGGAAAAAGAAAGAGAUGUAUGAUGUAAGUAAUGUGCCUCCGAUCAUUUUAAGUUAGAGCUUAAUAAUGAUUUCACUAUUAAUAUGUUGUUAUACUACUUCUUAAUUGUAUUUCAGUUCAACAAUUACAUUGAUAAAAUACAUAUUUUGUUAUGUGCAAAUGGCUUUAGAUACCUAUUAGGUCCAUAAAUCAACACACACAAAACAGCGGCAAUUUGUUGUUGGCAAAGGACUGCUGGACAUAUGAAGGGCUCCAUUACCUUCAGUAGCUUAGGGCCUCAUCAAACCUAAAUCCGGCCCUGAUUAUUAUUAUUAUUAUUAAUUUUUUUAUUUUGCAAGCUGCUUUAUCUUACCCAAAGCAACUUGCAACCCAAAGGUUAAUUGCUUUGAGGGUUUUGGUUUAGUUUCUUUUUGCUUUUGUUUCAACAGCCAAGCGCUCUUUUUUUCUUUUUUCUUUUUAUUGGGUUCUUUUUUUUUUUAUGACAAGACCAUAAAAAGUGAAGGAACAAAAACAUACAAACAAACAAACAAAAGAAAAGAAAAAGAAAAAAGACAAAGCAACACAUACAAAAAGAAAACAAACCAACAUCAAUUCAUAACAUAACAUUAAUUGCCAUAGCCCAAAACCGAGAUGGAGGGAAGUCAAUCAAUUAACAGCCAAGCGCUCUUUAACUGCUAUGGAAUAAAUAAAGGAGAGGGGUGGCAGCCCUGUGGUUGUGGGGCAGUUGGCUCUGGACUCAAGAUGCUGUCCGGGGUGUGUGGAAGGGGGGUAGUAAGUGCUCUUUAAGAACAGGGUUUGGGCUUUCCGUCAUUUCUGCGAUGACGUUGAGGACACAGGUGUCCCCUUGGCACAGGGUUUGGGCUCAGUUAAACGGGCACAGAGGGAAACUGCAUGGGCCUUAAAGAAAUCUCUUUUUAAAUAAAGUGGCUUUGAAGAGUUCCAGUGCGGAAAGAUUGGGCAUCUUAAUAUAAGCAAUUGUAUGAUUUGUGUUGUUUUGUAUUAGAUGUUGCUGUUACUUUAUUAGCUGUUAUUUUUUGUGGUUAUGGUUUUGGUAGUUGUAUUAUAAAUUGUGGUAACCUGCCCUGGGACCUUAGGGUGAAGGGUGGGUAAAAUAAUAAAAUACUUUGUAGUAGGCUAUUGAUUUGUAAUGGAGAGCAAAGCUAAAUAAUAGCAAAUAUUUCUGGUCCAUAGAAGAGUUAAGUAAGAACCUGAGAGUUCUGUAAUUGGCUUUCUUUAGCUGUCUUAUUUGCUGAAAUUUUACCUGUGCGAACAAAUAAAUUCUAAAAGGUACCUUAAAAAAUAUAUUUUAAAAGUCUAUCUCUAAUGUAGAUUUUUUUUUCUUUUUAAUUUUUAUUUACACAAAGGUUUUUCCAAAUGAGUUUCUCUGAGUGUUGGAGAAAAUAUUGAACAUAGUGACUUGGGCUAGGAAUCUUAAAUGAGGUAAGCUUCACUGAGAAAUUAUUUAACUGUGUUCAAGUUACAUUAAUCUUGUGAACUACCGUGAGAUCUUGUGAUGAAGGGCACUAUAUAAUCUAAUAAAUAAUAAUAAUAAUAAAUACAGGGAGGGCUAUGAUUCAAUCUGCUUUGUAUGCAAAAGGGCAGUUGAUGGCAUCUUCAGGGUCUAAAACCCUGAAGAAUCAUUGCCAAUGUAGACAAUAUUAUCUGAUUUGUUAUAAGGUAGCUUUCUGUGUUCCUAAAUGAAUACAAAUUAUUUAACUUAAGUUAUGUUAACUUACGUUACUUAUGCAAGUAUUUAUAUAGCACAAAUUAUCGUAUAUAACCAGGUGGCAUACAGCAAUACAGUGGUACCUCGGGUUACAUACGCUUCAGGUUACAGACUCCACUAACCCAGAAAUAUUACCUUGGGUUAAGAACUUUGCUUCAGGAUGAGAACAGAAAUUGCAUGGCAGCAGCAGGAUGCCCCAUUAGCUAAAGUGGUGCUUCAGGUUAAGAACUGACCUCCAGGACAAAUUAAGUUCUUAACCCAAGGUACCACUGUAUAUGCAAUAAAAUAUCAUUAAAACAGUAUAAAACAAGCACUAAAAUGAUUAAAUUUGACUUGUUGAAUAAGUCUUCAUGAGAAAUUAGACCCCCCCCCAACCAAUGGGUGUCUACCAAAUUUCUGUUGGAAGAGUUCCACAGCAUGAGACCAGCUACAGAUAUUUAUUUGUAGUGCUGGGAAUGAAGAACUAAGAGUAUUGUUGUGGCAUCAGAUUUAAAACCAGGAAGUAGAACCUGGUCUAGCUGUUUAGUAAGUUGUACAGGCAAAUAGAGAACUACAGGAGUAAGAUUGGGGGCGGAGCAUUAACUGCAUAAAAUGAAGUAUCGUACUAGGUGCUGAGCUUUUUCUAAAUUGUCAUUUCUAAGUAAUAAAAUCAAAAAGUAUUUUAAAUUUUCUAGCAUAGUAAGAAAUUGUUGCUAUGGACAAGCUCCAUGGGAUGGGACUUGAAUGCACUGUGUUACAGAGGUCCAGUCAUCUCUGUGUGCCUGAGAUCAGACAGUAGCAUUGGGAGAGUGCUUUUUGUGCCCCUACCAGUUAUGGUGCGAAGGUACAACAGGGUGGUAUUUUAUCCCUAGGGGAUAAAAUUUAUGAUGGGGAUUUUAGACAAUAGUUGGCUUAAAUAGAAUAUAAACUGGGUUUUGUAGGAACUUUAAUUGAGAUGGACUAAUUUAGAUUACUUUAAAUGAAAUCUAUUUUGAACUGAUGUUCUUAGUGACACUUUCUAAUUACUUUCUUCUAGGUAUAUCUUCCACAUCCUUGUGUUUUGAAACCUUUUCCACAAUGCAUUUAAUACUGGGAUUCUUCUUUUAUGGAAUCAUUUGUUGCUCUGGUAGUCAUUCUGCUUAUGCACCAAUGCCCAGAUUACUACUAGUUUCUUUUGAUGGCUUCAGGGCUGAUUAUCUGAAGAAAUAUGAAUUUCCACAUCUCCAGAAUUUUAUUAAGGAUGGUGUUUUAGUGGAAGACAUUACCAAUGCUUUCAUCACAAAAACCUUCCCAAAUCAUUACAGUAUAGUCACAGGGCUGUAUGAGGAAAGCCAUGGUAUUGUGGCAAAUGAAAUGUUUGAUGCUGCUACUAAUAAAACAUUUUCACAAUUCAAUGACAAAGACCCAUUUUGGUGGAAUGAGGCAGUUCCUAUUUGGGUGACCAACCAGUUGCAGGAAAACAGAACGAGUGCUUCUGCAAUGUGGCCUGGCUCAGAUGUAAAAAUUCACAAUACUACCCCUCAUUUUUUUAUGAAAUAUGAUUCUGCAAUAGGUUUCAAUGAACGGGUGAAAAACAUCAUUGCUUGGCUGAACAGUUCUAACCCCCUAGUCAGUUUUGCUACUCUUUAUUGGGAAGAACCAGAUGCAAGCGGGCACAAGUAUGGGCCAGAAGAUACGAAAAACAUGGUUGGAGUAUUAAAAGAAGUGGAUAAUUUGAUUGGCUUGCUUGUUGAGAAGCUAAAGGCUUCCAAAUUGUGGGAGGAAAUUAAUGUUAUAAUUACAAGUGAUCAUGGCAUGGCACAGUGUUCCCCGGACAGGCUGAUCAAACUGGAUGACUGCAUUGACCGUAAUAGCUACACUCUAGUAGACAAGAGCCCAGUUGCUGCAAUACUGCCAAAAAGUAAGUAUGUUCUUAAUAUAUGUUGAUUUUGUUUUUAAAAAGCAUAAUUUUGAUGCUUUAACAUGAGACUUAAGACCAAAGCAGUCAAGAUACGAGAGAUUAGAGAUCAAAUCUCUGAACUUGAAAAACACGUCCAGCAAGAUUUUGAUUUUGGUGAGUGAAGCUGUGCUGUUUGGCGGCUUCUGUUUUCCUGGGGGAUUGAUGGGGGUGGGGUGUCAGAGGGCGCUAAGCAUCUAUAUCAUAGCUCUUCAAGGAAGAGAGUAAGAAAACUUUAUAGUGCCAUCUGUUGUUGCACUUCUAAUAUAGCAAAUGUGUUUAUGGUAACAUUGGGAACUUUUGAAAUGACCUGUUUUCUAAUAUAGUUGUUGCAUAAGCCCUCCUUUGGGUGUGGUGCUGGUGUGGCACCCCACCCCUUGCAUCACAGUGUCCAUCACCUUACAUAGGUGGGGAACCUCCUAUGGAAACUCCCUGCACAUUUUAAGCCCCUAUGCUAUGGGGGAGAUUCCAAGGCUUCCCAGUUUAGACUUCACCUUCCAACUUGUGGAGAUGAUAGACAUAGCGGUGGUGUGGAGUAGAGCUUAGUAUGCUCAUCUCUGCCCGUGCAAAGCAUUUACACUUGAGUAGCAUGCCUGCGUAGGGCAGUGGUUGACAAUAUAACUUACUAACAUUAAAGGCUAAAAUGUGGGUUUCACUUUACCUUCAAUAAGUUAUAGAACCUGGGAGGUAAAGGUAAAGGUACCCCUGCCCGUACGGGCCAGUCUUGACAGACUCUAGGGUUGUGCGCUCAUCUCACUCUAGAGGCCGGGAGCCAGCGCUGUCCGCAGACACUUCCGGGUCACGUGGCCAGCGUGACGACGCUGCUCCGGCAAACCGGCACCAGCGCAGCACACGGAAACGGCGUUUACCUUCCCGCUAUAAAGUGGUACCUAUUUAUCUACUUGCACUUAAGGGUGCUUUCGAACUGCUAGGUGGGCAGGAGCUGGGACCGAAUGACGGGAGCUCACCCUGCUGCGGGGAUUCGAACCACCGACCAUGCGAUUGGCAAGUCCUAGGCGCUGAGGUUUUACCCACAGCGCCACCCGCGUCCCAUAGAACCUGGGAGACCAGGGUUCAAAUUCCCACUCGGUUAUGAAGCUCACUGGGUGCCCUUGGGUCAGCUGUUGUAGCCUAAUCGACCUCACAGGCUUGUUGUGAGGAUAAAAUGGGGAGCAUAUGCCACCUCAAGCUUUUUGGAGGAAAGGUGGGCCGUAAAUAUAAUACUUAAAUAUACAUAAAGGCCCAGAGCAAAGUACUGGGCCAGAUAAAUACUGCAAUAGGAUUAAACAUGUGAUCCGCAUUGAACUUGCAGCUUGGAUGAGGGUGGGGAAUGCACUUCAAAUGGUAAAUGUUCAGGCUUUACAAAAGAUAAUAAGAGUAUGCUUCCUUGCUUUAUACUUUUCAGAUGAAACAUAUGUAUAUAACAUGCUGAAAAACUGCAGCACUUACAUGAAGAUUUAUCUUAAAGAAGAGAUUCCAGACCAUUACCACUACCAUCACAAUGAGCGCAUUCAGCCCAUAAUUUUGGUUGCUGAUGAAGGCUGGACAAUUGUACAGAAUGAGUCUCUUUCACGGUGUAAGUGUAUUCCUUUUGGAUGUUUUCUCUUGGCCUGAUUUGGAGCAAGUUACUCCCUUUCAUGUGGAAGGUACAUAGUCAUGCAGAGUGCAAAAGCAUCCCCGCCUAAACAUUGGAGCUGCCUAGAAACACCUGCAGUCAUGAAAGUUGAGUUUCAUUGCCAAGGCAUGCAGCAAAUAUUAGUGCCGCUUAUCACACCUUAUUUCAGACUAACACUGGUGGUUCCAAAGUCACCUUCUGGCUUCCUAAACACAGACUGUAUACAUAGUACAACUUUAAAGCACACUUGAAACAUUCCCUCAGAUAAUUCUGGACAUUGUUGUUUACCCUUUAGAGUUGCAGGUCCCUGCAGCCCUUAACAAAUGCCAAGAAUUCUUUGAGGGAAAGAGUGCACUUUGAAUGUGCUUUAAAGGUAUAGCGUGUACAGAGCCUCAGUGAGUCAGCUCAACUUUUAUGUACAUAAAUGUUCAGCUAACCAAGCCAUAGCCACCAGGGUUAGAAUGUAUGUUACUGUCCUGAGGGGUGGGGUUUACUGCCCUCUGUGUAAAGUAACAGCUACCAGUCCUCCUAGAAGGCUGGGAUAGUGACCUCCAAAUAGUCUUAGUCAUGCUGGGCACCUGUUGUUGUCCAGUGGUUGGGAUGAUGGGAGUUAUAAUCCAGUAUCAUCUGGAAGCCACCAUGUUGGCUUUCCCAGCUACAGGGAGAUAAAGGCAUACAUAGAACUAAACCUGCUCCUGGUGUUCCCAGUGUGUGGAAUAACAAGCAGGGUUUACCUGCUUUCACCUGCAAAAACAAAGUAACUUUAUUCCUGUGGUAUAUUUUUAGACAUCUUGGUGAAGAACAAAGGUUAUGCAGGUGACAUGUAAUUCAAAGGCAUAGCUAACUCUAUUACCUAAUAUUUGGAAACUUGCAGGGAGGAUAACCAUCUUAGUGGAUGGUUGAUUUGGAAAGUGCAAUACCUUGUACAAUAGUACCAUACCAAUCUGUAUUGGGGUGGGGGUGGGAAUGCUUUGAAGAACCUGCACUUUUAUGGUUCCGGGAUUAUCUUUAGGGGGGAUAUAUCUGUUCAGGUUGAAGCAUAGCACAUUAACAACUCUUGCAUUCCCUUUUCCCAGUAGGAGACCAUGGCUAUGAUAACUCCCUUCCAAGUAUGCAUCCAUUUUUGGCAGCUCACGGGCCUGCUUUUCGCAAAGGUUACAGGCAAAAUAGCAUUUAUACGGUUGAUAUUUAUCCAAUGAUGUGUCACAUCCUGGGCUUGAUGCCUCAGCCCAAUAAUGGCACCUUGAGCCACGCCAAGUGCUUAUUAGCUGACCAGUGGUGUAUCAAUGUCCCUGAGGCCAUUGGAAUAGUCAUUGGUGUCUUCAUUGUGUUAACGACACUUACGUGCCUUAUAAUAAUCAUGAAGAGCAGAACGGCUUCCGUGCAUCCAUUUUCCCGACUUCAGCUUCAGGAAGACGACGACGAUCCCUUAAUUGGAUAAUAUACACUGAUUUGUUUUGAAAACUGGAUAUGAUACAAAACUUACACUGGAUAACAUCUUAUGAUGCACUUUAAUAAAUACCAACCCAGAAGACUGCAGAAGAACAUUGCCUCUCUGAAAAAGAAACUCUGAAUACAGACCUGGUUUUGUAAUGGAAAAGGCAUUGCAUCACUGUUAAACUUUCAGUUAAUAAAGUAUCUGCUAGAGUAGUAUGAUGAGGACUGUGAGAUUUAAAUGUUUGCCAAUGAUGCUGCUUUCGGGCAUUUCUUAUGUAACUCUGGAGAUACCCUGGCAACUCCUGAAAUCUGGUGGGGGCAAGAUCUGUUUCUGCUAGCUGAUGGAGAUGAUUAUUGCACUUUCUUGUAUUCAGCACAAUGCUGAAAGGGUAAAUUAUUUAAGUUAGAGGCAACUUAGCCACAGACACCCUUAGUGCUAUGUAGAUCACAUCAGUCCCUGUAAGCUAGAAAUACUUAUUGGGGAAAUGUGAAUAAAAGCCAUUUUAAAUGUUGCUUCCUGCUCUGUGGAUUGCAGGCACAGAGGGCUUUUUAGUUGCAAACAUUUAGUUGAAGCAACAUUUAAAUAUGCUGUGACUUAUUUUAUGUGUUUAUGUGCAUAUGGUAACUUCAGGAUUUUGGAAAUAGGUAUUUUUUAGUUUAUUUUAUGAACUUGCAAAACUGAUAGUACUGUACUUUAAAUUAGCAAUCCUCCCUUCUAAUAGACCAAAGCAGCUCCCAAGUUCUGCUUCUACUUUGUGGUUGCGUGUACCUCUGAUUGAUUUCUUUCUCUGGACAAGAUUAACAAUUUCUUGUUACCUAAAUAUAGACUCAAGUAGUUGAGAUUCCUUUCUGCUUUUAACCGAAGAGUAUAACGUGCAUACCUUGAUUUGAGCUAAGAAGUUACUAUGAAUAUUCAGGGUGGUUGUUUUUUUAACUUCCUAGAAUCAUCCAACCUACAUGCAGACUAUUUGUAAUUUGGACAAGGUACUAUACAGUAGAAUGUGUGUCAGUCUGAAGGUUAGAGGCUCAGGGAGAAAUGACUACUCGGUGUACAAAGUGGCCAUAUGUUUAAUCAUUAGUAUUUCAAGCAUGGCUAUAGAUUUGUACAGACCCUUUGCUCAUAGUUACAGCAAUGGGGUUAGAAGUCCUUUGGUUACACUCCAAAGUGACCAGUUAUAUUUCCAUUUACUUUUUUGAGCUGCUGUAAGGAACAGAAACAAACCUACCGGUAUGUAGUAGCAAUAGUGGAAGGUGACAUUAACUUCGGGUUUGUGAGUGGUCUGUAAUCGUAGGAACGGUGGUUUGCUAAAGGCAUUGGGAAUUGUGGGGUAAACGGGGGUUACCAGGAUUCUUUGGGGGAAGUAUUGUGGCUUAAAUGCACAGCGCGUGCAGCCUUUGAAGUCCAUCUUUACGUAGUAUUAUGGGGGAGGAUCUUGUCUCUACUGCUGCUGGUGUUCUGUUUGAUGCUCUUUGUGAGAAACAAGUCAAGAUUAUCAGAAUAGUGUUGGGAGAUGCAAUGUAAUACCAUGACUCAUAGGAAAUGAUGCUAAAUGAUUCCCCCCACCCCCUUACAUGUGGCUGUGCUGUACAAGCCUGAUAAUGCUUCAGUAGUUCCUGGGAGUUUUAACCCUUGCAAUAUAGCUACUUGAAAAUUGGUAGCAAUCAGUCAAAGUGAAAAAGCACACACGUUCUUGCAAAUCAAUACUCUUGUUUAAUAUGCACCAAGUAAGAAAACAGUCUACCAAAUAAAACAGCAAUUAUGAAUGGUGAUCCACUUCACAGGGCUGUGGAAUACUGUUACUGAAAAGUUCUGUCUUUCCUGGAGAUGUGUAGCUGGGUUACAUGUCCAGGCAGGAAGGAUAAACCCAAGCUGAUGAAGUGAAAAAGCAAUACCAAAUAUGAGCUAUAUUUUGAAUGUUAAAGGGGUGGUGCCUUAACUAGAUAUUUAUGUUUGCAUUACUUGGGGGUUUUAUGGAAAAGCUUUGUCCUUAUGAAUUAAAAAAAAUGUUCUGGUUUAACUUUUGGCUACAAGGCUCUGACUAUAUUCAUUCUAGAAUGUGUACCUGCAGAGGUAACCUUAAUUUCUAACCAGCCCACCUUUUGGGUUUGUUCUUGUUUGCCCUCUUCUGUGGCCAAUGUAGGAUUUAACCCUGUCCUACCCAUUGGCUGAUGUCACAAGUCAUAAACUACUUACAGUGGUACCUCGGGUUACGUACACUUCAGGUUACAUAUGCUUCAAGUUACAGACUCUGCUAACCCAGAAAUAUUGCUUCAGGUUAAGAACUUUGCUUCAGGAUGAGAACAGAAAUCGUACUGCGGCGGCAGCGGGAGGCCCCAUUAGUUAAAGUGGUGCUCAGGUUAAGAACAGUUUCAGGUUAAGUACAGACCUCCAGAACGAAUUAAGUACUUAACCCGAGGUACCACUGUAUUUAAAUUACAACAGUCCACAUAAUAUGAAAACCCUGUUCACCCUUUUCAGCAUGUCAAUAGUUCAUUGUAUUCCUCUCCUGCCAAAUAGUUAGAAACCAAAAGUUCUCUUUGGGAAAAUUCUGUUAUUUUAGUUUUGUACUAGUGGGAAAAUUCCAGCAUAGAAAUGGUAGAAAAUUUAUGCAAAUUCCCUCUGCAUCAUAGCUGGAUUAGUUGUGCUUUACCCUGUGGGUAAUAAAAUCCAAAAGGUGUUUUCUUAGUUGCCAUGAGUCAGUUUUAAACAAUUUGCAAAUUUUCAUCUGGACUUGAUAAAACAAGACUUUCCAUAUCAAUGCGCAAACCCACAGCUGAACUGAAAUUAGAAUAAGCCAUGAAAUAGUCUGUUAAACUAAAAGUCAAUUCAUGUAAUUUAGAUUCCUGAGGGGAUUUUGUAAUUAGUUAUGGUUUAUGUGCAUAAGUGCAUUUUGAAUGCCACUUGUUCAAGGAAGUUUGCUUCCUUUAUUAUUAUACCUAAUUGAUUCAUUAGUCCCAGUCAGAUCUAAAUUACUUAACUUCAUAAAAGAGGAAACUUUCUAACCUAAUAGUUGUGUGUUUCCUUACAAAGUAACAUAUGAUACCUCCCCAUAUUUAAAAAGCCCGUCCCUUGAAAGAACCUCUGAGGUUUCUCUUCACAUCCUUACUCGAACAUUUUAAAUGUGGAUUUCCCUGAAGCCGCUUAGAAAAGUUGUCAUUACUGGAAGAGAAUUCAAAAUGUUUUAUAACAUGCUCACUUUUAAACAUAAGAACAUUUAUUUUUGUAUAGAUAUUAAUGGGCUGGUUUAAAAAUGUUUUUGUUUUUUUACGAAAUAUGAAAUGUGUUGCUCAUAUUUAAAUAAAUAUAAAAAGUGGCAACU